CCGCCCCCAAGCGGAACCCCCGGUUGCUGAGCAACCGGAGCCGGCGCCGCCGACUGGCUCUGCGCUACCCGGAGCAAGCGAGUGCAGCUCCCGCCUCCUGGUCCGGCAGCCUCGCGUCGCGCCCACCUCCCGGCCCGCCGCCGCUCCUCGCCUCGUGGAAUUCCUGCUCUUGGCACUACCGGCAACUCUCUGGCUCCGUCGCCUCCCUAACGCCCACCUGCUUCACCGAAAGCCGGGCAGCUCGACCCCGGACAUGACCUCCGCGCUGACUGACCGCACCUCCGGGGCCAUGGGCACCUACACCUACACCAGCAGGCCCCGGGUCCUGCCCUGCCAGCGCCGCCGUUACCGGGACAACCUGUUGCAGCCAGAAGAAGAACCUAUGCGGUAUGGAAACAUAAUGUAUGACAGAAGGGUGAUCCGAGGCAACACUUACGCACUUCACACAGGGCCGCUGUCUGGGCAGACUGAUCCUCUAGAGCUUCAGAGAGCACAGGCAGCUAAAAGGAGGGCUCUUGCCAGGAAACGAGCCCAAGAGCAGCUCAGACCACGGACACCAGAACCUGUGGAAGGCAGGAAGCACGUGAAUGUGCAGACAGAAUUGUACCUUGAAGAAAUUGCUGAUCGUGUAAUAGAAGUUGAUAUGGAAUGCCAAACAGAUGCGUUUUUGGACAAACCACCGACACCACUCUUCAUUCCUGCCAAGACUGGCAGGGAUGUGGCCACCCAAAUACUAGAAGGAGAGCUUUUUGACUUUGACCUUGAAGUUAAACCAAUGUUAGAAGUUUUGGUGGGGAAGACAAUUGAGCAGGCCCUUCUGGAAGUGAUGGAAGAAGAAGAGUUGGCCAACCUGCAGGCCAGUCAGCAUGCAUAUGAAGAAAUACGGAAUGUGGAACUGGCCGAAGUUCAGCGACUGGAAGAGCAAGAGAGACGACACCGAGAAGAAAAAGAACGUCGUAAGCAGCAGCAGUGGGAAAUAAUAAACAAACAUAACGAGACAGCACAAAAGAUUUCUGCCCGUGCAUUUGCACAGCGUUAUCUGGCCGACCUUCUCCCAUCUGUUUUUGGCAGUCUCAGGGAUAGUGGCUACUUUUAUGAUCCUAUCGAAAGAGAUAUUGAAAUAGGAUUUCUCCCAUGGCUAAUGAAUGAAGUUGAAAAAACCAUGGAAUAUAGCAUGGUGGGAAGAACAGUGCUUGACAUGUUGAUCCGGGAAGUGGUUGAAAGGAGACUGAAUACUUAUGAGCAGAAAGACAACAGAUAUCCUUCUCUAAGAUCAGAGGGAUUUUAUGAUCCUAGAGUAAUGGGAGAAACCCUGGGGAGUUAUGAUCCAAACAUACCACAGACCCAGGAGCCAUUGCUGGGCACAGACUACCUACAAGGAACACAGUAUGGAAGAAGGUCCUAUUCCCAGGAAAGGAGGUUUAUGGAAGAAGGAGUGCUCUUGGAGCCGGAGGAAGACACAGAAAUGAGGAAAACCUUAGGGAAGGAAGACCCAUCAGCAGCAGGGGGAGCUUGGGAGCCAUGAAGCAAGUCAACAAUAACAAUCAGGUAAUGAUGCACAGGCCCCUCGGGAACUAGAAAUUACGUUGUAUUUAGUCAACAUGUCUUUUUGUCUAAUGAACUGAGCAAGUGAAUUGUGAUAAAAUAAUAAAACAAGUAAAGAUAACACUUUAACUCAUUUAUUUAAUAGAAUAUUCAAAGGCUAUAUUGUAAUCCUUGAUUACUAGUUUCCCGUUACCACUAUAUGUAUCGAAAGAAUCUAUUUUUCCUUAA